UGCUGCUGCUCCAUCAUCUUAUUCAAUGGCUUCUGUUUCCUCCUCCAAUUUCUUUCUAAUUUCCUAUUAGUUCCCCAUUUUAAUCAAAACCCACCUCACCAUUUUCACAUAUAUACUAUAUGAUCUGAAACAUCAGGGAUAUGGCGAAUAGAUGGUGGGGUGGAAUUGGGAAUCUUACAAUGAUACGGCUUGAUUCUUUAUCUUCCUUUGAUCCUAAAAACCCAGAAGAUGAAAACCAAGAAGAACAACAACAACAGCAGCAACAACGUGAUGCUAAGAAUGAAGAUCAUCAUGGAGUCAAAACCAAGAGGCGGCCGCGAGGGCGACCACCAGGCUCAAAAAACAAGCCAAAGCCACCCAUUGUCAUCACCAAACACACUCCCAACGCCCUACAAAGCCACGUCUUCGAAAUCACUACUGCCACCGACAUUGCCCACUCCAUUUCCACCUUCGCCCACCGCCGUCACCGUGGAGUCUCCAUUCUCAGCGCAACCGGUGUCGUCGCCGACGUCACUCUUCGCCAGCCCGCCGGCGUCAUCACGCUCCACGAACGAUUCGAGAUCUUGUCUCUCUCCGGCGCUUUCCUUCCCGCGCCGUCUCCCCACGGGGCUACCGGCUUGACCGUCUAUCUCGCGGGCGGCCAUGGCCGGGUCGUCGGUGGGCUGGUCGCCGGCCCCCUCAUCGCCGCUGGUACCGUCAUAGUGGUUGCAGCUUCAUUUACCAACGCUAUGUAUGAAAGAUUACCGAUGGAGGAUGAUGAUGAAGAGAAUGCGAAGGAGGAGAAGCAGUCGGAAGAUCAUAUUAAUGCAAAUAAUUCAGGGGGAGAAGCAUCAGCAGCAGCAGCUUCGUUGCCAGUUUAUGAUUUGAUUCCACAAACUCAAAUUUCACAAGAUAUGUUUUGGGCUCCUCUUCCUCCUCCUCCUCCUCCUCCUCCAUCUUAUUAAAUGGGUAUAGGAUAAUGAUAGUUUUUUUGAAUGUUCCACUCAUGAAUUGUCAUGUCGUGAUUCUCGUAGACAAUGUUUGUGCGUUCAAAUUCAAUUCAUGAGUUUAGUUGUGUGUAGUUCAUAAUCAUAGAGGACAUUAUAAACA